AUAUACUAGCAAUUGCUUAUAGAAAUAGCGCGUAAUUUGUGCUUGACGAAAAGAGAAAUCUGUGAAAUUGUUAAUAAAUAUGAGCAGCCGCAAGCACAGAGCAGCCGAAAAUAUUGAAAAUCUAUGUCCAGUUUCAAGAAAACGUUCAACAAGUAAGAACAGUAGUGCAACGAAGUCAUCAUCGUACUACGGACACAGCUCCUCGCCAUCAGUGCUGACAUACGACGCACUCGAAGAGAUGGGCAUAGGCAUGUUGGACUCCGAAGAGAGCAGCUCAUCGGCUCUUUCGGCCAUAGCGCUCGCUGUAAGCGCCACUAGCGAUGAGAACUCCAACGAGACGACGCCCUACACCAAUGCACCGCGUAUGUCUCAUCAGCAGUCGCGUUUAAGUCUGAACUCAACCAGCUCUACGCUGGACAGCAGCAGCAUUAAUAACACUACGCUUGUGGAGGUCUUCAGCGAGGAUGCGCAGGGGCGCCUCCUAAUGCAAUCCGCUGAAAAGUUGCAUUCUCUGGCGCAAAUCAAACGUGCCAGCGGCAGCAAUUCCAACUCGCCUAGCAAACGCACUCGAAAUCCGUUGGCCACAGUUACCUGCAAUAAUCAAAGCGAUCCUCAGGUGCCAGUGCAGCAACAGACGCCUCUCAAUCUGCUGCCCUCCACCAGCAAACAAGCACUGCUGCGUGCCCAAAAGAAAACAACGCCAGCAACUACGCCGCGUGCAGCAUCUACGGAUAACUUCUUUGUUUAUCGCACGCCCAUGAUGAGCGCACACAUAAGCAGCGGCAUUAACUACUUUGAGAGACUCUCCGAUGAGAUUAUUCUGGAUAUAUUCAAGUGGCUGCCCAAGAAGACGCUGCUGCGCAUAGCCACUGUUUGUCGUCGCUUCAAUUGCUGUGCGCGCGAUGAGACGCUAUGGAAUCGUAUGGAUUUGGGCAUGCGCACCUUGCGCCCACAGUCGCUUGAGCAAAUAGUGCGACGCGGUGUGCCCGUGCUGCGUCUAGCGCAGGCAGAUAUACAAGAGCCUGCCUUUAGCUAUGCAAUCAGCGACGUGGACUUUCACACACGUCUGCAAUAUUUGGACCUAAGUCUGGCUACCAUAUCGCUCGACUCCUUGCAAAUUUUGAUGGCGCAUUGUCGACAGCUGCGUAAGCUUAGCCUGGAACAUGUUGAGCUCAAUGAUGAAAUUUGUCAAGAGAUUGCACAAAAUAAGACACUAGAGACGCUUAAUCUAUCCAUGGCUGUUGGCUUGACAGCGCAUAGCGUGCGUCAACUAAUGGAAUCGCUGCCUAAGCUGAAUAGCUUGAAUAUAUCUUGGACUGAUUUGAGUGCUGAUGCGGUUACUGCGCUGGUGACACACAUACCGUCCAAUGUCAUACGCCUCAACGUCGCCGGCUGCCGACGCGUGCUCUUUGACUCACAUGUUGCCACGCUACAGAAACGUUGUCCACAGCUGCUGGAGCUCGAUCUUUCGGACUGCAACAGCUUGACGCCCGCAGCGCUUACUGCUAUUAUGAGCUUUAAUAUGCUAGAGUAUUUAUCUGUAUCACGUUGUUAUCUCAUACCCGCCACUAGCUUUAUUGCACUCAAAAAUUUGUCAUCGCUUACGUAUUUGGAUAUCUUUGGUAUGCUCUCGGAGGCCGCCAUGGAAGUGCUGGAGAAGCAAAUGCCCAAAAUCGGCAUCAAUAAGUUUAUACAUAGCUCUGUAGGACGACCUACAGUAGGUACUCGUCGCACAUCCAUUUGGGGUCUACGCACACGUGACUAAGCUUCCAUUUAAAAUAUAAAAUAAUUGCGUAUAU